AUGGACGCACUAGGAGGCGGUCUCGCCAAUGUCGACCUGAGCAAGCUCAGCGACCGCGACAAGCAGGAACUCCAGCAGUUCGCUAUGAACGAGGGACAGAAGGCUAGGAUCCAGUCAUCAAUACACUCCCUGACCGACACCUGCUUCCGCAAAUGCAUACCUGCGGGCAACGUCAAGAACGGCAAGCUGGACAAGUACGAGGAGCCGUGCAUGAGGCAGUGCGUGGAUCGGUUUUUGGAUGCGAAUUUGGUGGUGUUGAGGGAGUUGGAGAGGUUGAGGCAAUAG